AAAUAAAUGUUUGACCGUUCGCACACACUGUUACGGGCGCGCGGUCGGUCGCACACGCGUUGUGCCGGCAGCGCCUGCGUAUCGCGUCGUCGGCGGCGGUCGCACAUAGUUUCCGGUCGUAAAGAAAACCGCGCCGCUUCGCCGUCGGUUCAGUAACGCCGUUGCCGUUGAACGCGUACCGUCCUUUUUUUUUUUUUCUGCUCGCCGCGUCUUUUCCGCACACCGGUGCCCCUCGCGUGCUCCGCGACCGCCGACAACCCGUACCCGCCACCGCGACCGCGGUCUCGUUCCGUUCGCACGUGGUCCACCGCCCGAAACCAGAAAUGACUGUCGUAAGGAAAUAGACACGCAGAAACAUUUUUGAUAAGUAGCAGUUCACUACGAUUACAUCUGAGCAAAUAAUUGAAAGAAGGUGCUGAAUGAUCAAAUAGUGGACGCAAAUUAUCUUUUAACAGGACGGUUCUGUCAAUGCAUCGGAUCAAUGGCCUAAGGUAAAACAUUGUGGGUUCCAGUGACAGCUUACGUUUGCAGUACACCCGAUUUACGAGUGAUUAUCGCGAACGACGAUGACAAUGUGAAGGGAAGCGACCGUGACGACGACGAAGGACGAAGGCGGCCGCGGAUAACAAGAACGCGACACACCUGCGCAACCAGGCGCUCCCGGGCGGACGGACACGCAGCGCACGUAGUCGGUAAAACGGUCGGCCGCCGAUGGAGUUCCCGAGCGUCGUGCAGCUGGCCGCGGCCGGUUGGCCGCCCGCGAAGCCGACGAUGGGCGGAGUGUACAACGGCACGGACGCGAUGAGCCCGUACAACGGCACCGGCGACCGGGACGCGCUGUACUGCGGCGACACGUCAGGCCACGAGACGUCACUGUACUUGAUAUCCAAGAUCCUGUACAUAAUUGUGUGCAUCAUCGGGUUGGUGGGCAACACGCUGGUCAUCUACGUGGUGAUCCGGUUCUCCAAGAUGCAGACGGUGACCAACAUGUACAUCGUGAACCUGGCCAUUGCCGACGAGUGUUUCCUGAUCGGCAUACCGUUCCUGAUCGUCACCAUGUCCAUGGACUUCUGGCCGUUCGGCAACAUCAUGUGCAAGGUGUACAUGACCACGACCAGCGUGAACCAGUUCACCAGCAGCAUAUUCCUGAUGAUCAUGAGCGCGGACCGGUACAUCGCCAUAUGCCAUCCGAUAUCGUCGUCCAAGGUGCGCACCGCAUACGUGUCCAAGAUCGUGUCCGUCACCGCGUGGACGUUCAGCAUCAUACUCAUGAUACCGGUCAUCAUGUACGCCAGCACCAUGGACAAGGGCAACGUGAAGAGCUGCAACAUCAUAUGGCCCGAGAACGAGCUGUUCAGCGGCCAGACCGCGUUCACGCUCUACUCGUUCGUCCUCGGCUUCGCCAUACCGCUCAUGCUGAUAUUCGUCUUCUACAUACUGGUCAUCAGGAAACUGCAAACGGUGGGACCGGUGAACAAGUCGAAGGAGAAGAAGAAGUCGCACCGGAAGGUGACCAAGUUGGUGCUGACGGUGAUCACGGUGUACGUGCUGUGCUGGCUGCCGUACUGGAUCACGCAGGUGGCGCUGAUAUUCACGCCGCCCAAGCAGUGCCAGUCGAAGAUCGUCAUCACCAUAUUCCUGUUGGCCGGCUGCCUUAGCUAUAGCAACAGCGCCAUGAACCCCAUCCUGUACGCGUUCCUCAGCGACAACUUUAAGAAGAGUUUUCUGAAGGCGUGCACGUGCGCCGCGGGCAAGGACGUGAACGCGGGCCUGCACCAAGAGAACAGCACGUUCCCGCGCAAGAACCGCGGCGGCUCGGAACGCGGCGGCGGCCGCACCGGCCGGGCCACCACCAUACUGUGCCAGGCAGUCAGCGGCGGCGGUGGUGGUGGAGGCGGUGGCGGUGGGUGCAGGGACGACGAGGUCGAGUGCUGCGGCGAGACGGGACCGCUGGUCGGCCGUGCCGAGCUGGUCAGCAAAGAGAACACGUCCACCGCGCUCACCAUGACAUCCCGAUCAACGUGCAACGACAACGUGCAACCCACCCCGUUGUAAACGGCCCGAACUCCGUGUGUGUAACAGCGGCCCCGCUGCACCGCGCGACAACCUCCCUCGUUUAAUCCAUCCUCCGUAAUUCGCCUGUUAUUAUUAUUAUUUUAUAACCGGAUAUUUAUACACAUAUUAAUAUUAUUAUUACCAACUAUUUACGUAUAAUAAUAUUAUUAUUAUUAUACCCAAUCGUAUUGACAUUUUAAAAAUUACUAUUAUUACUUUUUAUACUAACGGUAAUUUUCACCACCACCCCGACUGAAUCCGAGUGAAACUUUCAGUGGCGAUGCUAUACCGAGGGAUCGGCCGUCCCAGAACACAUACAAAGUCUUAACACAUAACACUAAGCCCGCCCGCCUUGAUCGAAAUCCUUACAAAGUUCAUCCGGAGCAAGCACUAAGCAUUUCAAAAAGGGACAGGGGGUGUUAUCCAAUAUCAAUCGUCAAAAUUAUGCAUAGCAAAAUAAUAUAACUUUAAGUAUACUUUUUAUACAAUCGUACGAAUACAUGACCUACCUAAUGUACGAGAAAAUAUUUCAAUAUUUAAUUAAAAUUUCAAGUGCAAAUUUUGUCUCUUAUUUAUAUAUAUAUUAAAUCGUCUAUGGAACGACACAAAUUGACGGCUUUAGAUUUCAGACAAAACGAUGUAAUGAGAAGUCGGGUACCGGCUUUAAAUUAUUGUUAUAUGUAUACAGGGGCGGACACAGAAAAAAAUUUCGGGGGGCGUUUAGAAAAAAUAAGAAUAA